GACCGAUUCCCGAUUCGUUGUCGAUCAAACUCUGCGUAUUUUGUCCACUCCGUUCAGGGGGUUGGGGCAAGAAGCGAUGGAGGCUGGAGGAGGAGGUGCGACGGGGAAGGUGAGGAAGGGAGCGGGAGGAAGGAGAGGCGGCGGGGGUGGACUGAAGAAGAAGCCGGUGUCGAGGUCGGUGAAGGCCGGAUUGCAAUUCCCGGUCGGUCGGAUCGGUAGGUACCUCAAGAAGGGCCGAUACUCGCAGCGUGUCGGCACCGGCGCCCCCGUCUACCUCGCUGCCGUCCUCGAAUACCUUGCCGCUGAGGUUCUGGAGCUUGCAGGAAAUGCUGCGAGAGAUAACAAAAAGAAUCGUAUCAUCCCAAGGCACUUUCUUCUGGCCGUGAGAAACGACGAAGAGUUGGGGAAGCUUCUGUCUGGCGUCACCAUCGCCCAUGGCGGUGUGCUUCCUAAUAUCAACCCUAUCUUGUUGCCAAAGAAGACGCAGAAGGAAACCAAUGAGCCCAAGUCGCCCAAGUCUCCGAAGAAAUCCUGAUCCUUUUGCUCCGCUGGCAUAGUGUGCAUACUUUUACUGUCUGUAGAAACUUUCCUCGAAACGGACCCGAAUAUUUUGUUUAGUGGAUGUACAUCAAAGAACGUCUUCCUAAUGCAACGAAUCUUUUUUGUUUCUC